AUGUUGGCCAGAGAUCCUGAUGAAGAGCAACGGGAGGUUCCUCAUUUGAUUCAGCCUUAUAAGGAUAAUGACAACACAAGCACUGAAUCGAGCAGCAACGAUAAUUGGCAGCAAGCUCGCAAACAGGCAACUCAAUCUCUCAUCAACACCAUAAAACAACGAAACCUGCGUGUCCUGGAAGAAGAACUAUAUGCGGGUCAGGGAGAAGCGGAUUCUUUUGAUGCUGAUGAUGAAGAGGAAGAAGAAGAUGAUGACGGAGGAUUUGGAUUCGACGACGAGGAAGACCUUGAUCAUGAUCUCCAAGAUAUAGAUAAUAGCACGACCAAGAACAUCGAUAAAGCCAACGCCACACCACCCCUUCAACAAAAACGUAUGCAAUUCCAAUUCAAAGACGCAGGUGCUGUAUUGAGAGCUGCUGCUGCAGCAAACAGUCAAAAGCCAGCUGUCGGUGGUAUGGUCUCAUCACAGGUCGAUAGUAUGCCAACUAGUGAAUCGGAUGUAAUCAUCGAUCAUGCCACAGAGAUCAAGGUAGUCGAGGCUGGUAGGGCUAUUGAAAAAGAGGUGCAAGUCGAAUCUCGAAAUGUCGACGACUCGUUACCAGCUACCAAAGAUUUGGACUCCAUAGAUAAUGAUACGCCCAUGGUAACCAGCGGUAUGCCAGACGAAACAGACCGUACUCUCAAACAACUCGAACACGCUACUGAACAGCAUGAAGAUACAACCAAACAACUACAACAAACGACCGCCGACAAAUCAGCAGGAGAAGAAGAUGAACAAACUGCCAUCAAAGAAGUAUUGGCUCAAGCCAUGUUGGAAGCAGUGACAAAAGCUACUGCCGAACUUGAAGCAGAGAAGAACAGUCUACCUUCGCAAUCUAUGAUGGAUGCAGAAGACGAGUCGCUCGAGACUGUCGAGGCUGAAGACAAGAUCAUACCAGGCAAUAGGAACAUCAUGGAGGAAAUCCUCUAUUCUGCAAUUGAACCAGGAGUGAAUCAAAAAGUGCUAUUGGUUAUCAACUUUGUAUUUGUAUGUCUCUUCAUGUCUUUGAUUGCUAUGGCGGUCUUGAGUGGUGGCAAUAUUCAUUGCAUCGCUUUGAUUGUCAUCGCUGUGGCGCUUUUCGGAACUCUACAAUGGUUUAUAUAUGAAGUAUCUCAAAUCAAAAAGGAGGAAGCUGGUCAAGGGGCAAACUCUGAGCACGCGAAAUCAGAAUAG